GCUGCUGUCAUAACAAAACCCGGGAUUGGCGGGAUGUGAUGCAGAGUGUGAUCCUGCCGGUCGUGCCCAACAUUUCGUCUCGCUGCAGUGCACCCCGAAACACCCCGAAAAAUGGAAAGCCACAAACGGAAGGACACCAUCGACUGGACGGAAUACUUCAUGGCAAUGGCAUUCCUGGCCGCCAAGCGUAGCAAAGACCCGUCGACCCAGGUCGGUGCGUGCAUCGUGAACGAGGACAAACGCGUGGUUGGCAUCGGGUAUAACGGGUUCCCUACCGGGUGCAGUGAUGACGAGUUCCCGUGGUCCAAAACGUCGGACAAUCCGCUCGAAACGAAGUACCUGUACGUGUGCCAUGCGGAGGUGAAUGCGAUCCUGAACAAAAACAGUAAGGACGUGAAGAAUUGCACCAUGUACGUGGCCCUGUUUCCGUGCAACGAGUGUGCCAAAAUUAUUAUACAGUCGGCGAUACGGGAGGUGGUGUAUAUGAGCGAUAAGCACGCGCACAAGGAGCAUACGAUCGCGGCCAAGCGAAUGUUUGAUGCGGCAGGCGUCCGGUACACGCAGUACAAACCGCGCCACAGUAGGAUAGUGAUCGAUUUUACGGAAAUCGAUUGGGACAGCUUGAAUCAGGUGCCGGCAACACCGAAAAAGCCACCGAACGGUACGCUCGAUGAUGCCGGGGUGAAUGUGAGUGAGCUUUCUCUGGAUGAUCGGCAUUAAAGCCAAGCAAACGAACGGGUUUCCUUAGCACUGUUGGAGGUUCUUUCGGGAUCGGUUUAUUAAGGCGCACCGGGAAUAAACCUGUUUCUCUGUUUCUCUCUCUC